CGCAGACUCGCGCGCUCCCGCCAGAGGAAGCCCGAGACUCCGCGGAUUCCCCCCUCCGACCCCCGGCUGGGCCUUCCCUCUCCGGUUGGCUGCUGCUACCAACCUCUCCGCCCCCGCCUCGCCGGGGGCUGUGAGUCACGGGGGCGGGGCCAGAACGUUGCUCGCGGCAAACCACACCCCCAACACGAGGCCCCGCCUCCUUUGCCCCCAAACUGGGCGGGCUCGGCCAGUGCGGGGCGCCGAGUGUGCUCUCCCUCCGGGAGCCACUCCUCCUCCGCCGAGCGCUCGCCCUUCCCCGGGGCCCUCUGCUGCUCCCCUUGGCGGACUCCGGGAGUCGAGGCCCGGCGUGUGGGGCGUCAUGGAGGGUCGCCGCCUAACAGGCGCCGCCGCGGCGGAGAGGCUGGCCGGCUGAGGCCCCGCGCGGGCCGAGGCAUGCGGAUCCCCGGUGGGAGCCUGCUCCAGCCUCUCCUGCCGCUCGGUUGCCUCCCGGGUCGCGGAGAGCCGCGGGCGGGCGGGGACGACCCGGCGGACCGCCUCUCCCGCGGGGGCGGGGCGAGCGCAGCUGCGGCGGCGCUGGUAGCGGCAGCUGCCUGCGCCCUGCUCGGCGCCUGUCUGGAGCGCCACGGUCCGCCCGCGGCCUCGGAGCUGCCCGCGCCGGCCGGAGCCUUGGCGGGCGGCCCGGGGAGCGGCGGCGGCGGCGGCGGCGCAGUGGUCGGCGUGGCCGAGGUGAGAAGCUGGCGCUGCUGCUGCCUCGGCAGCACCUGUUGGUGCCGGAGCCUGGUGCUGGUCUGCGUGCUGGCCGCGCUGUGCUUCGCUUCCCUGGCCCUGGUCCGCCGCUACCUGCAGCACCUCUUGCUCUGGGUGGAGAGCCUGGACUCGCUGCUGGGGGUCCUGCUCUUCGUCGUGGGGUUCAUCGUCGUCUCGUUCCCCUGCGGCUGGGGCUACAUCGUGCUCAAUGUGGCCGCCGGCUACUUGUACGGCUUCGUGCUGGGCAUGGGACUGAUGGUGGUGGGCGUCCUCAUCGGAACCUUCUUCGCCCAUGUGGUCUGCAAACGGCUGCUGAGCGCCUGGGUGGCCGCCAGGAUCGAGAGCAGCGACAAGCUGAGCGCGGUUAUUCGCGUGGUGGAGGGAGGAAGCGGCCUGAAAGUGGUAGCUCUGGCCAGACUCACUCCCAUCCCGUUCGGGCUUCAGAAUGCGGUGUUCUCGAUUACUGAUCUUUCCUUGCCCAACUAUCUGAUGGCAUCUUCAGUUGGACUGCUCCCUACCCAGCUUCUCAAUUCUUACUUGGGCACUACCCUGCGGACAAUGGAAGAUGUGAUUGCAGAGCAGAGUGUUAGUGGUUAUUUUGCUUUUUGUUUACAGAUUAUUAUAAGUAUAGGCCUCAUGUUUUAUGUAGUUCAUCGAGCUCAAGUGGAACUAAAUGCAGCCAUUGUAGCUUGUGAAAUGGAACUGAAAACCUCUCUGGUUAAAGGCAAUCAACCAAAUAUCAGUGGCUCUUCAUUCUACAAGAGGACCCUAACAUUUUCUGGAGGUGGAAUCAAUGUUGUAUGAGUCUAAGGAAAUGUAUGGCUGUCAAGAGCCUAUUGUGCUACCCGUGGUGUAGCGGUUACUUCACUCAUGGACAGAGACAAGUUCUAAUUGUGUUAUGGCACAAGCAAAACUGACUAGUUUUUAAAUUGCACAAUAUUUUUAAAAGCAAGAAUCAUUUUCUGGAAUUGUAAAUGUAGAUGCAAUUUUGGCUGUACCACUUUAUCAGUUACUAUACCCAUAAUGACCUAUAUAGGUCUGCACUUUAGUGUUUUUUACUUAUUUUUCUUUCUGAGUACUUAUAAACAGAGAAGUAACCCAAAUAUUUUUCUGUUUAGUGUUUUUAUUUUAUAAAGUCCAUGAAUGCAUCUUUCCUGCUUAUAAAGAUGACUUAAGGUAAUGCAUUUUUUAAUAUUAUUUUUUAUGGUUUUUGCUUUUAGUAGUCUUCCCAGAAAGGGCAAGUGGUGUUUUAUGUGUUACUGUUUCAAGUGAGACCACUUUGCUUUCCUUUUCCCAAUUAGAAAACUGACAUUAACUUUGGUUGAAUGUAUAUCUGCAUUCAUAUUGCUGCAGGGCCAUUUACACCUCUUCACACAAGCUUAAAUCCUACAUUGUGGGACUGAAGUGCUCUUAAGAUACCUUUUUAAGUUUCACUGUGUAAUAUGCAGAGAAAAAGGGAAAAUUGUUAAAUAGGUGGUAGUCCAAAUUAGAACCCUUGCUUUAAUUCAUUGGCUUUUUAAAAUUUUACAUCAAAGGGCUGUCCCAUUGCAGUCUUACUAAAAUUUAUUAAACUUUUUUUUUUCCUUUUUUAUAUCCAUAAUUAGGCUUUCAAAGAAAGAUACUGUUUCUUUAGAAUGAUGGGCUUACCUACCAUCAUUGAAGAUGUCACUCAGGUGGCCUUGUUUGAGCAAAACGCCUUUAAAAACAAAUCAACAAAAAUAAAAUCUAAGCUUUAAAAUCAUCUUUAUAAAUCUGUUGAAGUACUUAAUUAUUGUCCCCAUAGUCUUCAGCUUUAAAAGUAUAAUAAUGGUAAUGUUAAUGUCCAAAUUUAUAUCAUUUGCCGUACUAUAGAGUAGGUUUGUUUUGUUUGGUUUUUCUUAUUAUUUGGUACCUGUUUUCUCAGUAAGACUCAGGAAUUCUGAAAUGUGAAAUUAAGUCUCUUAUUUCUUUGUUUUGUAGCAUGAAUUAAGUGUAUUUAUUAAUAGCACUAACGAUUAUAACAUAUAGUAAUUGGGCAUAUGAUUAACAUAAUAUGUAUUCUUCAUUUUCAAAAUAUCAAUAGUUUGAUUGUAAAGCUCAAUGAUUAUUAGUUUUCUUUACAACUAAGAUUAGAGGCAUGGAUGCAAAGUUUAUAAUGGGUAUCUCAUUCUUGGCUACCAAGAUUCUAGCUUAUCCAAUACCUCCCAUUUACCUUUUCAUUAGGGUAAAACCUGUGCCCAGACUUAUUAAAUAGAACAGAACUCUUGGGAAGUAAAUUAUUCUAGCUUUAUGUUAGAAAUGAAUUUGGUCACUUUGAUUCAUACAUUUUUGCCACAUUGUAAGUACAACUGUUUUCCUUUUUAAGCUUUCUUCUCUUUGAAUAAGAGUGUAGUUCAUUUCUUUCUUGAUACCAAAAGACCUUAGUGCAAAUGAUCUGAGAGGCACCUGGGUCUACAGCACACACUUGGCCUCCAAAUCUUUUUUUUUUCUUCUUUUUUUAAAUAUUUUAUUUAUUAAUGAGAAAGAUAGGAGGAGAAAGAGAAAGAACCAGAUCUCACUCUGGUACAUGUGCUGCUGGGGAUUGAACUCGGGACCUCAUGGUUGAGAAUCCAAUGCUUUAUCCAUUUCACCACCUCCCGGACCAUGGCCUCCAAAUCUUUUCUUUUAUUGGUGUAAAAAAUAGAGUAAUAGAAUAUAGUUACUCAUUUUUAAUCCUCAAACGAUUUUAGUUUAUUAAUCCUAAAUGAACAAUACAUUUGAUUUAUUCUUUUCUAACUUAAAAUGUUUUUGAGCUUUUUUGAUUAGUUUGUGUUAAAGGUUUUAUAAGUUUAAGAUCAUUAAUACUUGUGUUAUACUUCAUGUAUUUUGAAGCGCAUUUAUUUACUUAGCAUUUUGUAACUUGAAUAAUUUCACCAAAUGACUAUCUUUUGGUAGUUUAUAAUGAAUUCUUCCAGUUGUUGGAUUUUGCUUGGUACAUAAAUAUGUAAAGGUAAAAGAAAUAAUUUUUCUGUAUCCUGCCAAUCAUAAUUUUAUAUAAUAAAAUCAUCCUUUUUUUUUCUUAAAGUAUGGACUUAUAUUUCUAAAAUACUAAAGUGGCAGUUUUUCUUUUCUUCAUCCUUUUCCAACUUUCAAUAAAACAAAUAUCCAUUGUAGUCAUGCUAGUUGACAGCUAACUUUCGUUGCUACAGUUUUAAAUCUGUUGACUCUUAAGUUCUAUAAUGCAUUGCCAAACUUUAUUACUCCAUCUUUAACCCUGCAAACCAGCUUUAUGACAGCAACACAUUUUUACAGGAUCCUUUUGUGUUGCCCAGAAAUUGCCUCCAGCCAUAAAAUGUAUACUGACAAGAUAAAAUGUUUUGGGUUUCUCCAGCUGUUUAAGUGCAGUAUAGAAUUGUUCUGUGCAUGCACAUUUUAAAAAAGCAUAUGAUAUACCUGUUUCCCAAAUCUAAUGAAAUACAUGUUCUAUUUUUAAUUCUACUGACUUUUUUGUAAGUUUAUCAUAUUUUCUGGUUUAUUGUUAAUGAUUUUGUUUACCCUAUGCCAAAUUUUGUAAUGUGAACUUUAAAAAAAAUGUUUUCAUGUUUUCAACUGAUCAUCUGAUUUGUGAAAUAAGUUGAAAUGCAUAAUCUUUUAUUUAUGAAAGUAAGAGAAAAAGAUCUGAUUAGAAUGUAUAUUAUUCAUCUUUAGAAGUCACUAUAUAGGUAUGUCCAGAGCCCACCAUAGUGUCAUUUUAUGUACUUUGUACCCAACUAUCAACCUUUCUAAGAUGACUUCCACAACAGAGUCGAAUAUUUGACUAUAACACGUUUUACUCCUACUUACUUUUGUUGCAGCUGAGCUAACUGGUAUAACUACAAUACAUUUUUGUGUUUGUUAAUAUGCAAUGCUGAUUUGGACUGUUCUUUGGAAAAGGUGCUAUUUUCUUUAGAGUGCUUGAAGAAAUCUCUAUAUAUGCACUACGCAGGAUAGUCCUUAGAUACAUAGAAAUUCCAUGUCAUUCAAAAUCAAGUUUCAUUCACAGAAGAAAAGAGAGGGUUAGAUAAACCUCAGGAACAAUGAUACUGAUCUACAUAGAUGGCCUCUGUGUUGGAAGUUUGUUUCAGACAGAAACCUCUCACUGAACAGUGACAGUUGGUAUAACACUAUGUGGUUUUUAAAAUGGACAUUGCUGAUUUCUGUUAUCAAUUAUUUAGGAUAUGAUUUUUUAAACCAUCUCUUUAAGAUAAAAAAAAAACUUUAAAGAAGGGAGAAGAAUCACCUAUUUUAUAGGACAUUUAAAACUCAGGACUUAUAGUAGCAACCUCAUAUACUGACUAUAAACUGUUCAUUUAUUCCAUAAUUAGAUUAUAACUUGGUACUUUUGAAUUGAAAAAUGAUUGCUGCAAACUGUUUUUCUAAAGUAGUUUAAGUUUUAAUGUAGAUAAUUCUACAGAUGAAACAGUACAAUCUCUUGAGAAUUGGUAUCCCAGACCACUUGUGUGCCUGAGAAAAUAAAAGGUGAUACUUUG